AUGGUGUUUACAUUAGUGAGGGGGGCCACGCUUUGUGGCUUUGUGGGCCUUGUGCUUCUCGCCAUCUCCACGGCAACAGACUACUGGAUGCAGUAUCGCUACUCUGGGAACGCAGCAAAUCAGGGCCUCUGGAGGUUUUGCAUCAACCGCAAGUGCCACACCCACACUCUUACUGUGGCGUUCUGGGACGCCACACGGGCCUUUAUGUUGCUGUCGGUGCUCAGCUGUUUCGCUGGAGUGGUUUUGGGUGCCACUGCGUCCAAGCGUCCCAGAAGCGGGCGGGUGAAGACGGGAGGCAUCGCUUUGCUCCUGUCCGGGUUUCUUGCGAUUUUGGCUUUGGCAAUCUACACGGGCAUGACAAUGAAUUUCUUUGGCAAGCGUUACAUCGACUGGAGAUUCUCAUGGUCUUACAUUGUGGGAUGGAUCGGCAUCAUAUUAGCUUUAGGGGCAGGUGUUCUCCAACUUUGUGCCCACCAGAGAAGCAUGUCUGAACCGAUACCUGCAAGCGUUUCAGACACCUGA